UAAAAUAAAAUAAAUAAAAAACGAAACCCUCAUUCCUCUUCUUCAUCGGCUGAAUUCUUCAAUCUCUCUCCAACAAGUAUCAGCUGAUUUCUCAUGUCGAAGGUCGAUUACAGGAAUUCUUCUACAUCUAAACGAGCUCGUACCGAUGGUGGUCGAAGAGAAGAUGAUUGGACAUGUCCUAGCUGUGGAAAUGUCAAUUUCUCGUUUAGGACAACAUGCAAUAUGCGCAAUUGUCAUCAGUCUAGACCAGUUGAUCACAAUUUAAAAUUGGUGGGUAAUCCUAUGCAACAUUCCCAUUCCCAUUCCCAUGGUUUCUUGCCUCCAGUUCCUUAUGUUGGAUCGGGUGGACCAUCUUCGAUGUAUAUGGGUCUUCCACCUUAUGGGUCUUCGGUUUAUAAUGGUUCGUCUAUGCCUCGUUAUGACGUACCUCUUGCUCGGGGUUCACAUCUUCCUUACGAAUAUGGACGCCAUAUUUCAGGAGGCAGCCCAUAUAGGUCUCUGCCUCUAUCUAGUCCACCACCAUAUUCUGGUGGAAUGUACGGUAUGCCACCACCCAUGAUAGAUCGAUAUGGCCUGAUUAUGCCUAUGGGCCAUACUGCCAUGGGUCCAAGGAUUGAAUAUUUUUCUGAAGAGAAACCCCAUAAGAAAGAUGCAACACGCGAUAACGACUGGAAAUGUCCCAAUUGUCGGAAUGUUAACUUCUCUUUUAGAACUGUUUGCAAUAUGAGAAAGUGCAACACUCCAAAGCCUGGACCUCAGGUUGCCAAAUCUGAUAAGAAUCCAAAGCAAAGGUUGCCUGAGGGAAGCUGGAAGUGUGAAAAUUGCAACAAUGUGAAUUUUCCGUUUAGGAACAAAUGUAACAGACAGAAUUGUGGGGCCGAGAAACCAUCUGAGGAAGAUAUAAAGUCCCCUUCAGAAACAACAAAUGGAAAUGAUCAGUGAGUACUAGGUAUUUUUGUGGGGUUGAGAAGGUUGGUUCAGGGUUGUCGUCAGUCAGUCAUGUCAGUCAUCCUCGUCUUGCAGCGGUCGGUCAGUCGGUUUACUUUAUGGAAUCCUUGUUCUGAUACAUUGUGUCGGCCAAUAAUAGGUCUCCAUACUUUUGUUUUUUAGAUUGUUAUCGUGAAUUGAACUACUAUGUUGGUUGCUUGAAAACAUGACUAUUUUCGGUUUUAGGUCUGUCUGUCUGUUGGAAAAAUAUUUAAUUUGUCUAUCUAUAUAUGCAUCCUUAUAACA